AUGUUACUUCUACUAAGAUUAUUACCUGUUUUAAGAAUUUCUGCUCGUAAAUCUGAAUGUCUCAAAAAUGAGGAAGGAACACACAAUACAAGCGGCGAUGCUUCAACAACUUUGAGUUACACCCAGCGCAAUCUCUCACAACGCUUAAGCCGUGCUAUUAUUAAGUGUAACGAUCAAGUCCCGCACGUGUAUUUAACUUCUACAUUCAUGAAAGUUACUAACAUAACUGUAUCUCCAGAUUCAAAAUUUGCACGAAUAUGGUGGAAACCUGAAGGACAGAAAGGUAUCAGUAAGGCCGCCAUAGAACAACAACUUCGUAUUAAUCUUACUCAAUAUCGUACUAUGCUUCAACAUUCUAUGCGUGUUCGUAAACCACCAAAAAUAUUAUUUUGUCGUGAAGACUUACAAUUAGGUGAUAUUAACAAAAUUUUGGAUCGGAUUGAAUCAGAGACUAAAAUAGACAUGGAUUCUUCAACUAAUUUUGCCAAUGCAUGUUGA